AAGCAGUACAAAAUGGACAAUGGAUGCAUCUUUAGAUAAUUGGUACCCUGUUCAUAUUUAUUGAGAAUAGUUAUAGAUAUGAAUCCAGUGCUGGUAAGGAGAUCAGUUCAGAGAUUAAUAUAGUCGACGCAAAAAAGGAGGGAUUAUAAACAGAGGUAAUUGGUUUCAGAGGCGGGAACUUGCAGCCUGCUGCGACUGGUCUUGGAUAUGGGGGAGUCUUUUAUAAAGAUUUAAGUCUGCGUCUAGAAAUUUUCUCGUCCGCACUUCACCACAUCCACCAAAUCUCGAAAUCUGAAGGUUCGAGCCCGCAUACUCCAAAACCCUAACAGUCAAAUUCUCUCUCUCCCCGACCCAAAACCCCGGAAUGCUUCACUCCGCCGUUUCCCUUCCCUUUUCUCCCCUCCGAGGCUUCCCUCUCUCGUCCUCCGCAUCCUACUCCCAAAUAUCUCGAGGGUUCGGCCCCUCCACGGUCUCUCUUCGGGUGGACCAGAAGCCCGGAGGCCUGAUCCGAUGCUCAAUCUCGCAGGUACACAGCUACGGCACCGUGGACUACGAGCGGCGGCCGGCCCUCAGGUGGAGCUCGCUCUACCGCAGAAUCGCCACCAUGGAGAACCCCAGCGUCGGCUCCGCUGCCGUCCUCGAGCGGUGGGAGGAGGAGGAGAGGCGGCUCAACAAGUGGGAGCUCUGUCGCUUGGUGAAGGAGCUCAGGAAGUUCCGCCGGUUCAAGCUUGCCUUGGAGGUUUAUGAUUGGAUGACUGCUCAAGGAGAACGAUUUACAUUUACAUCUAGUGACAUGGCAAUCCAGUUGGAUCUGAUUGCCAAAGUACAUGGCAUUUCGCAUGCUGAAGAACACUUCUCAAAGCUUCCUGAUACCUUCAAAGACAGGCGUGCAUAUGGUGCUCUUCUAAAUGUUUACGGCCGAGCAAAGAUGAAAGAGAAGGCAGAGGAUAUUGUGGAGGUAAUGAGAAACAAAGGAUACACAACUGAAGCACUAUUUUUCAAUGUGUUGAUGACUCUCUAUAUGAAUGUUGGAGAACAUGAGAAAGUUAAUAAGAUCAUUAAUGAGAUGAAGGAGAAGAACGUUUCAUUUGACAUAUGCUCUUACAAUAUCUGGAUAACAAACUGUGCGGCUAUGGGAGAUACAGAGGACAUGGAAAGAGUGGUAGGGAUGAUGACUUCAGACAAUGGCGUCAUUGCUAAUUGGACCACUUAUACCACACUUGCUACCAUGUAUAUUAGACUAGGCAAUACUGAGAAGGCACAAAGUUGCUUAAAGGAUGCUGAAAUUAGAGUGACGGGCAGGGAUCGAGCAUCUUUUCAUUACCUUAUUGGACUUUAUAGCAGAAUAGGAAAGAAAGAGGAAGUCUAUCGGAUCUGGAACUGGUACAAGUCAAGUUUCCCUAGCAUCCUGAAUAUGGGUUACCAGUUAAUGCUUUCUUCUUUGAUUAGGCUAGGGGAUGUUGAUGGAGCUGAAAUGAUCUAUGGAGAAUGGCUUUCCAUGACAUCAAGCUAUGAUCCCAGGAUCUGCAAUAUUCUGUUGGGUUCGUAUGCCAGAGAAGGGCUGGUUGGUAAGGCUAAGAAUGUACUUGACAGAUUUUCAGAAAAAGGUGGAAAGCCAAAACCAAUCACAUGGGAGAUCCUUGCAGAAGGCUACAUUAAGGAGGAACAAACUUCUGAGGCAUUAUUGUGUAUCAAAGAGGCUGCAUCAUAUGGAGUAAAUAACUGGAGACCAAAUCCCACAAACAUAGAAAACCUCCUAGCACUCUGUAAGAGGCACAAUGACUUUGCUAGUGUUAACAUGUUGAUGGAUGCCCUUCGAAUGAGAGGAUGCCAUGAAGAAGAGGAAUACAAGUCAUUGUUUAGCAGAUACUGUCAGGGCAAUUGAGCAUGGCAAAAGAUGAGUACAUGAGGAAUUAUUGAGACCAAGAUGCUUGUUGGUUUGUCUAAAAUCUGUCUCAAAGAAACAGCUCAUGUCCCGCAUGUUACUAAAGAUUCUUUUCUGCCCUUAUAUGAUUUGAAGUAGGGGCACAAAUGUGCUUGUGGGUCACUGCUCUGCACAUAGAAUAUCUGGAGUAUUGCAGGUUAAAAUGGAGCUUGCCAGUGAUGCAGUUUGUGUGCUUCACGAUUUUAUACACCGGUUUGGUCACUUGUUGCUAGGAGCUGCACUGCAGUUAAAUGAUCAUGUAGAAGGAUCACGCAUUGGAUCAGAGUCCUAUUAAUUCAAGCAUGUUUUUUUGCUAUAUGACCAGGUUGUCAAAUAUUUCAUUUACAACAUCAGUAAAGCUGUCUUUCUUCUUAGAGG